CCCUGGUGCAGAAGAUGAGCAUUCCUGGCCUGUGCAGGUCACCGUGCCCUGCUCCUGAAAGCACAAAACAGUUAUGGCCAAAGUGCAGCAGCCGCCUCCCCCCGCCCCCACCUUCCAUGCUUCUCCAUCUCUCUUUGGGCAAAGCCAGCCUCCUCGCUGCAGUUCCCCCCCAGCUCUGUGGGGGGUGCCCACCCACCUGUCAUAUCUCUCUUUUCUGUGUCCCCAUUUUCUGUAUCUCUUUGUCAGCCCCCUUCUAUGUGGCCCUCCAGGACCCUCUGCUCCCUCUCAUCUAAUACUGUAUCAUAUACCCAACCCAAUGAGCUGCACCAGAUCCUUCAACCUUACCCCUCACCCCCAUCCCAAGUUCUAGAACCCUAAGCCCCCUCCUCAUAGCUCCUUCCAGAUUAGUGACUGUGUGCAUGUCUGACAGUUCAUCUCUGGCUCUCCCCAAAACUGGCGGUCCGAUGGGGAUGGGGAAGUGCUCAAAUGUACCCUCACUCCGCACUGUGUCCCCUUAGGCCCCUCAGGGUGCCUGGUCCGAAUCUGACUUCACAGAUUCAGGGAUCAUUGAAUUGCUUGCCCCUCGACAUGCUUGCUCAUUUCGGAGUGAGGGGGGAUGGGAACACCUCCAGUCCAGAACAUUCCAGAAUGUUCCCUGAGGCUGCGCCCUGAGAGUUGUGUGGCUAAGUCACUGAGGAAUGGAGAUCCCAACCUGAAGGGUAGGUGACUUCCUGUGAGACCCCUCAGGGUUCUAUUGGACAUCAAAGAGAAAAGAAGAAAGGAAGGAAGACUGGCUGUUGGGAGGCAGGGGAGCCAGGGAGCUCAAAAAGACAUAGGAAAGCACUGAUGGGGAGCUGGCUAUGGAGCAGGCCAUGUUGCACCCCUAUCUCAUCACCCCCACUGGCUGGAUGAGGAGCCAAAGACACUGCCCCUGAAGUCCUGAUAGAAAACUCUGGAAAGGGACAUGUAGACACAGUCAGGUUCUGCUUGUCUGACACCCCUUAUCCUCCUCCCCCACCCCAUCAUAGGGUCCUCAAGACGUCCCUCUGAAAUACCAGAUCACCAAGCCCUACAUACAUGGCAGGGGUGGUGGGGGACAAAGUUUACGCUUUGGUGGGCUGACUUAUAUUGAUAUUUGGGCAACUGCAGGAACUUGGAAGCUCAUGGGACAUCCAGUUGCCUCCCAUGUGGACUGGGCCUCUGCCCCACCACUCAGAGCCCAACAGGGCUGCCACCUUCUGGCCACUGCACUUUGAGACCCUGGGUAGAGUAGAAGGAAGGAGGCCCUGGACAGGGUGCGGGGAGAAUACCCUCUGGUGCCAUCCCGCCAGAGCUCCCUCCCCCUCUCUGAAGAUUUUAUCUUGCAUUUUCUUGCAGAGAGACCACAGGCAGGUCCUCAGCUCUCUGCUCUCUGGGGCACUGGCGGGCGCUCUUGCCAAGACAGCAGUAGCCCCCCUGGACCGAACCAAAAUCAUCUUCCAAGUGUCUUCAAAAAGAUUUUCUGCCAAGGAGGCCUUCCGGCUCCUCUACUUCACCUACCUCAACGAGGGCUUCCUCAGCCUGUGGCGAGGGAAUUCGGCCACCAUGGUGCGUGUGGUGCCCUAUGCCGCCAUCCAGUUCAGCGCACACGAGGAAUACAAGCGUGUCCUGGGCCGCUACUAUGGCUUCCAUGGAGAAGCCCUGCCCCCUUGGCCCCGCCUCCUCGCAGGCGCACUGGCUGGAACCACGGCUGCUUCACUGACCUACCCCCUGGACCUAGUCAGAGCGCGAAUGGCGGUGACCCCUAAGGAAAUGUACGCCAACAUCUUUCACGUUUUCAUUCGCAUCUCCCGAGAGGAGGGGCUGAAGACCUUGUACCACGGCUUCACGCCCACUGUGCUGGGGGUCAUCCCCUAUGCCGGCCUGAGCUUCUUCACCUAUGAGACCCUCAAGAGCCUGCACAGAGAGUACAGCAGCCACCGGCAGCCCUACCCCUUCGAGCGCAUGAUCUUUGGGGCCUGCGCUGGUCUCAUCGGGCAGUCGGCCUCAUACCCUCUGGAUGUGGUACGGCGGCGCAUGCAGACAGCUGGUGUCACGGGCCACCCUCGCAGCUCCAUCUUGCACACACUGCACACCAUUGUGCGGGAGGAGGGUGUGGUGCGUGGUCUCUACAAGGGCCUGAGCAUGAACUGGCUCAAGGGCCCCAUUGCCGUGGGUAUCAGCUUCACCACCUUCGACCUCAUGCAGAUCCUGCUGCGGCGCCUGCAGAGCUAGGAGCCUUCUGGGGACGGCACCAGUGGCAGUGGGUGCUGGACGUUGGCCCUUUGCUUUCUGAGCCCUUGGAGCAAGGGUGCAUUCAGUUCUACCCUGGGGGUCGCGUCGGAGUGCCUUGUGGAACAGAAAGGCAAUUCCAAGAGGACAGCCAGGCCCUGCAGUACAGUGUUGGGCCAGGGGGCCAGGGGCUCUGGGCGCGCGCCUCCCCCGCCUCCCCGAGGUGUUGCCUACAUGCCUGAGUAGGGAGUGGUCAGUGUUGCCUCCUGGUACCUUUUGUCCUUGGACAUACUUGGGUUCUAGUGAUCCCCUCGCCACACCCGCCUGCCUCUCCUCUCCCAGUCUGUGCUCCCAGGAAGCAGAGCCCGAGAUGCGGGAAGAGGCUUGAUGCUCGGGUCCCCGGGCCUUGUCCAGGGCAGAAUGGCUGCCGGCUCAGCUGUGGCUACAUGCACACCCUCUGCCCUACCCGCCCCUGUCCUGCCUCUGCCGUGACUUCCCUGAUCCCUAGACCUGCUCCGACUUGCGAACAGCGUUCUGGGAGUAUGUGUAUGUAGCGUGGGGUCCAGGAGGACGUGGUUCUUCCCCUCUGCUGCCCGCCACCCAUGGUUAGUAAUGCCUUCUCCAGGCAGCAGGGUUUGGGUUGUGAGCCCCAACUUGGGUCCCUCUGCUGAAAACUGGGUGCCAAGAUUGUCCCAUUUGGGGUAGGAGCUCCCCCUUAGCCCCUGAACCUCUGCCCAUAGGCACAGUGGCUCCAGGGGAGAACCAGGAAACCUUGCGUGUCCCUGGCUCCCCACCUGAGCCAGUGCUGGGCCAUGAAAUGGGGCAACUUAAGCCCCCGUGGGAUUAUUUCACAUCCAUGAAUGAAGCUCAGUGAGGUGACUGGCAGCCUCUAUCCUCCCAAAAUGGGAACCUCAGAGACAGGGUACAGCUGGGAGCAGCUGGAAAAAUUGGGAUACCCCAGGGCACCCCCAGGUAACUUCUCAUGGAGAGUCCCUUCCCCCCCCCCCACCCCACACACACCCCAAUCUUGUCCCCGGGGCCUGCCAUUUCCUGAUGACAUUUGGUGAUUGAUAUUUUUUUUGUUUGUUUUUCAAUUUGGCCCGGUCUCUUCUCAGCACAGCCUAACUGGGCACCCAGGGGGUAGGUCUUUGCAGUGCGCUGGGCAGCCUGUUGUAUGGAAGAUCUGAGAAGGAGUGCCCCUUGCACAUCUCUAAUCCUGACUUGCAUUUUUUGGCUUCCUUCUGCCUUCUCUUCUUGCUUUGGACUUGUGGGUGUGAAGACCCCUCUUUCUGCCCUUCCUCCCAUGUGACUACCAGCUAGCCUCACUCUCAUCUCCAACAUCCCCCAGGGCCCAGGCAACCUGUAGGGGACCGUAGGGGAUUGUCCUAUUGGGUGAGCAUCCCACCCCCUUGCUCAGCCCCCAGGAGAGGAAGACAGGAGGGGGAUGGAAAGCCUCCCAGACAAGAGGUGGCAUCAGAGACCAGGCCCACCCCAAGUGAUGAUACCAAAUGGAUGGCCUGGUACCCUGUGGCCCAGUCCUGUGAUCCCAGUGUGCCUCCCAGGUGGCUCCCGGCCAAGUGGGCCUGGGCAGUGCCACCCCCAGCCCCAGCCUGUCACUCUACUGGCUCUCACCCUCCUCAUUAUACCCUCCCCACUGGCUGCUUGUCUUGGUCUGCAGUACAUUUGAUGCCAUAAAGACACUUUGUUUAUAUAUAAUGUUUAUAUAUUUUAAAGAUUUGUGCCAAGAGAGUAUAUUUAAUAAAAAUAAAAAAGAUUUUUUUUCUCCUGUUCAUGUCUCCU